ACAUAGCAUUUAAGUUAUUUAACAAAAGAAAUUAUAUAUAAAGGACAAUGAGUUUUAGAACUAAACCAGAACUUCCUUUAGGGAAAGAACAACCAAUGGUCAUGAGUGAGUGUAUGCAAGGAGAUUACUGUUGAAAGCUGGAAUGUGAUAAUAUUUUUGAAGAAAUGGUACCUUGAGAAAUAAGACAAAAUUGGAGUUCGUUUAGAAUUUUCGAUUCUGAUUUUAUUAAGAAAAUUUGAACUCAGAACGCUCAAGAGGAUCAUAUCUUAACCGGUGAGUUAAUUGAAAUCAAAGAUGAGAUACGCAAAAUGCCUUAUCUUAAAACAUCAAAGAAUUUAACUAAGUCCGAAAAUUUAGAUCAAAUAGCAGAAAACAUCAACCAACUUAGUACUUCUUACUUGAAAAAGAGUCAGCAAAAGAAACUUAUCCAAAAGCUUCCAAUAUUACAAAAUGACGCCAACAAUUAGAAAAGCCAAUGAAUUCAAGGCCCAAGUUUAGACCUGACGCUGAAAUGAAGAAAGCACUUAGAUCUGUUAAAAAAUUCAUCAAGAGAUUAUUCAAGUCCAUGAAUUCAGAAAUAAUUCAGAGAAGAUAUAUAAACUGUAGUACCUCGCAGAUCUUUGUAUCAAUGAGGCAUACAUUGCUGAAUGUCAUCCCUGAAGAACUUCUUGCUAUCAAAUUAAACAUUUGUCCAGCUUAAGAUAACAAUUUUUAAUAUAAGGUGAGAAGAUGAUAUUCCUUUUUCUUAGGUAUUUAAAAAUAAUUAAUAAACAUAUAAGAGAACGACUGAACCACUAAUUUCAGAGCCCAAACUCUUGCUUUU